AAGGGGGCGGCGGGGGGUGGAGGAGGGUGGAGAGCUGUCUGAGGCGCUCUAUUGAUGACCUCACGGUUGUAUGUGGCGGUGCGGCGGGACGGGCCCGCUGAUUGGUCGCCCGUGUCACAGCGGCACUUCAAAGCCGGAGAGGAGCCUACAAUUGUGGAAGAAUGGGCGGAACACAUCAUUGUAUUGCACACCUCUAAAAAAACAGUGCUCUGAUUCAUAAAUAUAAAAAGAUCCUCUGAGGAGGGCAGUGUUUUUGUGUGAUGGCAACUUCACUUCUAGGGGAGGAGCCAAGGUUAGGAUCGACUCCUUUAGCCAUGUUAGCUGCAACAUGCAACAAAAUAGGGAGUCCGAGCCCCUCACCGUCCACCAUCUCGGAUAACUCCUCGUCCUUUGGGAAAGGCUUCCACCCGUGGAAAAGAGCCGCCGCGAGCAGCUGCAGCCUCGGAUCCGGUCUGUCCGGCUUCGGAGUGUCCCGCAAUGGAUCUGGCAUCUCGGACUCUUUCGGCACCAACAGCUCCAGCGGCUCCAGUGCCUUCUCCCUCACGUCUGGCACCUCGUCGAGUUCCCAUUUCGGAAACGAUUACUCUGUUUUCCAAGCCUCCGUGUCGAGCAACUCUCAAGAGUCCAACCACCAGCCGGUGUUCAUCUCCAAGGUGCACACCUCGGUGGACAGUCUGCAGGGCAUCUAUCCGAGGAUGAGCGUUGCGCAUCCUUACGAGUCCUGGUUCAAAUCCUCCCACGCCGGGAUCCCCGCGGGAGAGGUUGGCACCACCGGAGCGUCUGCGUGGUGGGAUGUGGGAGCAGGGUGGAUCGACGUCCAGAACCCGAACGGAGCGGCACUACAAACGUCCUUGCAUUCCGGUGGACUCCAGACCUCUUUGCACUCUCCUCUUGGCGGAUAUAAUUCUGACUACUCUAGUUUAAGUCACUCAGCAUUCAGUACAAACCCCUCUCCACACCUGUUGACAACCGGCCAGCACCUGAUGGACGGCUUCAAACCGGUGCUAUCCUCUUAUCCGGACACAAGCCCGUCUCCGUUAACCGGAGCUGGGGGGACUAUGCUCUCCGCAGGUCCCCCUGCAUCUUUAGCGGGGUCUCCGAGGUCAUCUGCCCGGCGGUACUCAGGUAGAGCGACCUGCGACUGUCCGAACUGCCAGGAGGCGGAGAGACUCGGACCGGCGGGCGCCAGCCUCCGGAGGAAAGGGCUCCACAGCUGUCACAUCCCGGGCUGUGGCAAAGUGUACGGAAAAACGUCCCACCUGAAGGCUCACUUACGGUGGCACACCGGUGAGAGGCCCUUUGUGUGCAACUGGCUCUUUUGUGGGAAGAGAUUCACGCGCUCCGACGAGCUGCAGCGACAUUUACGCACGCACACCGGGGAGAAGCGGUUCGCCUGUCCGGUGUGCAACAAGAGAUUUAUGCGCAGCGAUCACCUGAGCAAACAUGUUAAAACUCACAGCGCCGGGGGGUCCGCCGGCUCUGGCUCCGGGGGGAGCGGGGGGAAGAGGGGGAGCGACACCGACAGCGAACACAGCGCACCGGGAAGUCCUCCGUGCCAUUCCCCCGACCUGUUGCACCCACCGGAAUCAAACCAAGCAGUAGGCAUGAACGGCCUCUAAAGUGAAGUAAAACUGUACAGCAUUAAAGUGUUGGGAUGGAAUUGUCACAACAUGCAGUAGACACACUUUAAAUGCGUCCAAAUUGGUGUUUUUCAGAAGAAAACAUUUAUUUCUCCACACUCGAGCGCGUUUCAACCUUUUUUUCCCCAUCUGCGGCGUGAAAGUAAAUUUAAGUUCUUGUGUGAGGCGCUGGAGCAAAUCUUUAGCAUCCUAUGCUUAACUUUUUUAUUUUCUUCCUAUGAGAAAAGUCAUUAUAAAGAGUAAGAAAAUUGCUUGAGGCCUGCAAAAAGUUGCGCUACUGCUGUCUUGUCCUGAAACCAAACACUGGCACUUUAUUAUCGAAAGGGAAAGUUUUUUGUUUGUUUGUUUUUAACCAGGAAAUGGUGAGAAGUGAGAUGCACUGAUUUUAUUGUUAUCUGCUGGAUUUCAGUCAAAAAGGAGCAGCUGAGGGUCCAUAAACACACGCUUUCCAAAUUUACAGUUGUGCGCCAAGUUCACAAGUAGGCCAGUUAAGGAUUACACUGUACUUUGCUGCAAAUUGUGUUGUACAUAAUGAAAAAGUAGGCUAGAGUAAUUGCAGUGUAAAGGCGAGCGAUGUAUGUGUGCAGGAGGCGAGUUUUGUAUAGGUAUUUCUAGUUGUAUAUGGACUCUAGUAAAUAUUUGAAAAUAUACGGAAAAUGUACUUGUAUUUUUUUCCCUUUACCAUGUUAUCAAAUGUAUUGUGGGGAGUUGUAUUUAACCACGAGUUUCUCUUGUAUUUAGGGGGUCUAUAUCAUUAGGCGCACUUUGAAUUUAUUUGUAAGGUUUUUAAAUCAUUUACUGUUUACCCACUCGUUUAAUUUAAGCAUGUUGUAAAGUGAUUUUAAUUUUACAAUGAUAUUUUUUUUGCCCCCUGAGAAUGGCUUUUUAUGUGAGCCACUCAAUAAAAUCACUAUGAAUUCUG